AUGUCUGCCAAGGCUCCCAUAUACCUUAAACGACGAAGCCGCAAAGGAAAGAAGGAAAAGCUGCGUGACCUUCUUUCAUCUGACAUGAUCAGCCCUCCGCUGGGAGACUUCAGACACACCAUCCACAUUGGCAGCGGGGGAGGCGACGACGAUCUUUUCGGUGACCUGUCUUUCCUACAAGGUAAAUUUCACCUGUUACCAGGGCAGCAAGGUCAUCAAGGGUCAUUCCAACUAAGUCGCACAGCGAGCGUAAGCAGUCACCCGGUGCCAGCCAGUGAGAGCUCACCUCUGCUAAAAAACGCCCUGUCGCUUCCUAUCAUUGGAGGGGUGCAGGCGCUCACACUUCCGGCUGUGACUUCAGCAGCAACAGCGACCGCUGAGGUCCCAACAGCCCCGACAACAACCCAAUCGCCCCCAACAUCUCCGUCUCUCUUUCCACCUCCCAAACCUCCCAGACUGCACCUGGAAGAGAGGACAGUGUCACGACAUGCAUCGCUUCCUGCAUCUCCAAACCGCUGUCCUCUUAAUUUGCACACAUCUGGGCCGAGUCCAGAUACUAAGGAAGAUGAGAAAUUUGUGAAGGAUGGAGAUGGGGAGGAAAGGCCGUUUCUGUCCAACGCUGGCUCUAUGCUUUCCCUCCAUCUGGACUUGGGACCAUCCAUCCUAGAGGAUGUGCUUCAGAUCAUGGAUAACCAGAGAACAGGAACGUUCAGUGGGCGACUUACACCUAGUGGACGACAAGAGAUAUAUACCUGAAAGUGAACAAAGACAUGCGAGUCAAAGCUUGAUGGUACAUAAAUGGGCUAAUCACAUUUUUCUUCAUGUAUCAAAACAUUUUGCCAUCUGAGAGAACUCAUUUAACCUGCUGUACAAUGGCAUUUCCUGGAGACUUUGACCUUUUUUUUGCUCAUUAUGCAUAUAAUCUUUGGAAAAGACCUUUGGAAACUGCAGGAUUUUUAGCCUGGAUCACAAUUGAAUCUUUCUCUGUAUUCAAAUGAAUUGUUUUAAUUCAUCUCUAUUAUUUUUGGACUACAAGCAACACACUAAUUCUGACUUUAGAUCUACAUCUGAAAGCAUUUUAGCAAGCACAUCUCAAAGUACCUGCGUUGAGUGUACAGUAUGUACUAUUACAGCAACAUCCUACAGGCCUCCUGGUUUCACUACAGGAAAGAAAAACUGACAUUUUCCUCUUUCAGAGCAGCGAUGACAUCAUCUCCCCCCUCUGUGUUGUUGCAAUUUGUGUAAUCGGGUAAAAAUGCGCAGCUCCUCCCUAAUGAUCUGGACACACAUACGCGCCAGGAGGCCUAUGCGUCUGCACCCUGGGAUUUUAACGUUCUCUUUUUGUUGGGAGUAGUCUUCAUUGUUCAGAAACGGAAACAAAAAGGCUGUUUUUUUUAACAGAGCAGGAGUAUGAAUUUUUUUCCUUUCAUGAAAUACACCUUUUUUUUUUACUGUGUUUAUUUGUUGGUGAGGUGUCUGCAAUCCCUCCGGCUUUGACAGAUUUUCAGGCAGCAGUAGUUUUUCCUUUCUCUGACUGAGCGUGAGUUAUGGGGCCUAAAGAAGGGCUUGUGUUACCUUGGUGUCCCCCAUGUAACCCACCCCACACGGGUUAAUACUUUACGUUCACGGAUUUAGACUGUAGUAUUAUUUUCUUGUCAGGUUAUAAAUUAAAAUAAAUAACUCUUUACUUUUUUUCUAACUUACCACAAAGUGCAUCAAACUGUCAACAAACACUAACAGAAACAGUCAUUUUGCAAUCAGUUUUAUGUGAUGCUACCUUUGCACUUUUUAUAUGAUGCUAACAGCACUAAGAAAACCUACUGUAUUCAUUUAAACUCAUCAGUUCUCAUAAUUAAAGGUACAGUAAGUAACUUCUGAUGCUCUAGCAGUUAAUUAACAAAACUGCAUGCAUCUUGUGGAAGAACAUUGUAGCCGGAGCUACUGUUUUCUCUGUUUAUGUAUGACGAGUCACGCAGGUGCUGGGCUACUCUGCAGCGUUUGUCGUCCUGCUCGGUUUAAAAUUGUCCAAAUAUAAACACUUAUUAUAGGCGUACCAUACUCGCUCAUUAUAUAAAUUUUGAACAUAAAAAGUUACAUAGUGUACCUUUAAAAAAAUCUAUUUGAGAUUUGAAGUAGCCAUUGUUUCUACAUGGGACGCAACCGUUGUCAUGUCACACCGCAACAGCUAGAAGCUGUCCACACUGGAUGCAACAAAGCGACCGUUGCAAAUCCAUUUAUCCGUAGCAGAAGUAACGCGAGCGCUUGGAGUACAUCAGAAGUAGAACAGGACAUCAGUUUUCGGUCAGAAAUUAGUUGUCACUCAAAUUGUGUUGAGUAUUAGUGGUUGUUUCUUUAGGAUUCUUGGUUCCUUAUUUAUUUUUGUUACAAGUGGAUUGUCUUACAAUUUUAUCCUUACAUUGUGAAAUCCAUUUCCAAAGCUGAAUCUAUUUACAAAAUCAUAGUUCUGUGCACUUAACUUCAUUGCUGACAUACUUCUGAUCUAAAGACGAAUUUAAUCCACAAACAGAUUAAAUCCUAUGGUGUACCUUUCUAUUCGGCCAAGUAUUUAUUUUUGUAAGCUUAAAGACUAAUUUCGUUACAUGUAUUAUUAUCAUACUGAACAGGGACCUGAAUGUUAGAAUAAAUAGAUUUUAUUACUAGUCAUAAAUUUUUUUUUUUUUUUACAUUAUAAGCAGUUCUCAUAGCCACUUUACUCCUCAAAUAAUUUGAAAGAGACUGAAUAUGAAAAUAUCUUCACAUUUGUCAUUUUUAUUUCUUACAUCAAUGUGUAUUAUUUUAAAGACCACAUGUAUAACUCAUAUGCAGUUGUAUUUAAUUAAGGGUGAUCAGGGUUAUUGAGGAUCUUAUGAUUUUGCAUCACUGAAGCACAAUUAUAGCAAUAAUACAAAAAAAAAACUAAACAAAAAACAAAUAAAAGUACAAGACCAUAUUAAAGGUCAGACCAUUUAACAACCAAUUGAGUAAACAUAGCUGGAUGGAUGUAAAUUUAAAUAGGGAGGUGCAUUGCUAAAUACCCCACAUGCCUUAACAAGCAUCUCUAAAAUACCUGUACUUUUCUACUCCACCACAGCGAAGUACUGUGAUGAUUCAUGUUGACUAAUAUUAAUGCUAUAUUUAGUUUAUGACAAAUAUAGACUUGGAUUGUAACUUGGAUUUUGACUAUUAAGCUCAAAAUUGCAUAAAUAUAUGACAUUCCUGACAAAGACUUUUUACCAUAAAAAAUACAUCAUGUUUUAGACUGAAGGGGAAACAGCUGCAUCUCUAUAUUAUAGCAUUGCUGCCUUGUCAAUAAAAGUGAAUCAUUAAUAACUUUGGCUACACAUCUUAGCUGAGCAUCAUGUGCCUAUAACAGCUGUUCAGAUUUGCACCAAAAGACAUUUUAGCCCAUGUCUUGGUUUUUAUUGGGCUUUGUCUGAUUCUAUACUGGAUGUUAAGUGGAUGUUUGUUGCUGCUGCUGUACACACUACAAUAGACUUGGGAUAAGACAUAGAAACAGAAACAUAAUGAUCAAUAAAUGCUGAUUUUUGAUUCAG